AUGGAUAAGUAUACAAGAAUAAAAAUGAUUGGAAAGGGUAAUUUUGGUGAUGUUUGGCUAGUCGAAGACAAUAAAGGAUAGGUAUAGGAUUGAGAAAACAAAAGAAAUUUGCCCUCAAGUUAAUCGAUUUGUAAUUUUAGAGUGUUGACCCAACAAAUGAAGUUACAUUGUUAAAAGUUUUGAAACAUCCAAAUAUAAUAAAAUACUAUAAUUCAUUUGUGUAGAAUGAUUAAUUAUGCAUUUUAAUGGAAUUUGCAGAGAAUUGUAUUUCAAAAAAAUAUGUAAAAUGUAGAUGAUUUGUAAAUUUAUACGAAAAAUAAUCCAUCAAACAUAUUAAAUUGGUUUACAUAGUUGUGUUAAGCAGUGUAAUACUUACAUUCAAUGAACAUUGUACAUAAGGAUAUAAAAAUGAAAAAUGUUUUUUUGACUAAAGAUGGCAUAGUAUAAAUUAUGAAUAGAUUUCUAGAUCAAAUUAGGAGAUUUUAGUAUUUCUAAAAAGUUAGAUGCAUCAUUAAAUCUAACAUAAUUAGGUAUAGAAUUAUAAAUUGAUUAUAUGAGGCACUCCUUAUUAUUUGUCACCUGAAAUUUGUGAAUCAAAACCAUAUAAUACAAAAAGUGAUAUUUGGGGAUUGGGAUGUUUCUUAUAUGAAUUAUGCACUAAACAAAAACCAUUUAAAGGAGAAUCUUUACCUGAAGUGUUCAAGAAUAUUAUUUUAAGUGAAACUCCAAAAUUACCAGAAGGAUUUCCAUUUUUUUAUUAAGAUAUAAUUAAUAAAUGUUUAUAAAAGAAUCCUUAAGACAGACCAGAAAUCUAAUAAAUAUUAGACAUUCCUGAAAUUAAAAAAGAGAGAAUUAAAUUCUCUUAAUUAUAUAAAUAAAGAUUAAUCGGUAUGCUUAAAUAAAUAGAUAAUACAUAAUCAGAAUAAACUUAAAAUAAUAUUAAAUAAAUGCAUAAACCUAUCUUUACUCCUUAAAAUAAAUCAUAAUCUUUAUUAUUUAAAAAUCUAUUCUCGGAAUAAAUACAAUCAAAUAUCAAAAAACCAAUGACAAAGAAAGUCAUUUCUAUAGAUACUGAUUUAAUUGAGAAGGAAGAUUAAUAAUAAUAAUCACAUGAACCUUAAACAUAAUUUGCUAAAUAAUUAUUUAAUCCUAAAACACCUACAUCACCUAAUAGAAAUUUAUUAUUGGCAGAUUUUUUAAAGAAAAAACUUGGUGAAUCCAAAUUCUUAGAUGUUCGCUAAAUUUUAGAGGAAUCUUAAAAUCCAAUUUAAUUAUUAGAUUAAAAAGAAUUCAUGGCAAACUUAAUGGGAGAAGAAAAUUUAGAAUGUGUUAAGGUAUAAAUAUUUAAAUUAAAAUUUUAUAGAUAUUUAAAAUACUUAUAAAUAAUUGUGCAACUCUUCCAGGUAAUCAUUUUCGAUAAAUGAAUAAUUAUUAGUUUUUAAGAGAUAAAGUUAGUUCCUAACCAGAUUUGGAUUAGAAUUUAAAAACUAAUAAUUUUUGA